UGUUGGCGGCGUCUGAAGAUUUGUCUCUCCUCUCUCUCUCUCUCUCUCUCUAAAAUCUCAUCGGAGUUCUAUUCGCCAGCGAUUCUUAAUCGUCGAUUUUCCAACUCGCAAUUUUGCCUUAGGAAAUCAUCCCAAGUUCCAUCACCAUGGGCUACGAGGACGAUCCGUACCGCGACGAAGACGGUGAGCCGUUGAUGGACUACGACGACAUCCAGUCCGAUCGCGAACGGUCGCCGGAGCCAAACCACCACCUCCUCGACGACGACGAGGACGACAAUUGGCGCGGGCGAGAGCGAUCGCAGACUCCGGUCCACGAUGCGGACGCCUCGGGGUCGCGGCCGAAGCCUAGGAAGAGGCUGAUCAAGAAGAGCCACUCCGCGAGGGAGGUGGCGGCGCCGGAUUUCGUCGACGACGAUGAAGGAGAUAUCGAGGGUUUCGUGAGGGACGGGUCCGACGGAAAGAGGAAGAAGCUGGGCGGGAGUGGAAGUGGGAAGAAGGAGAAGAGGCAUAAGGGGGAGAAGAAGUAUGGGGAGAAAGCUGGGGGGUCGAGCUCAAGGAUGUCGAAGAGAGGGUUCGCGGAGAAGGCCGUGAGGGAUCAGGAUGGUGAGGUCAAGGAGAUGUGGGACACUAUUGCUGGUGGCGAUUCUGAGGAUGAUCAAGAGGGUGCUAGAACUGUGGAUGAUGACAACUUUAUAGAUGACAGUGGCGUAGAUCCAACAGACCGAUAUGGCAGUGAUAAUGAGGCACGCUCUCCUGGUGAUCAUCCUGAGGCAGAAGAGGUUGAUGGAGAUGAAAUUGAGCAGCUUUUCAAGAUGGGUAAGAAAAAAAAGAAGAAUGAAAAAAGUCCUGCAGAAAUAGCGCUGCUAGUCGAGAAUGUCAUGGCUGAGCUCGAGGUCACAGCUGAAGAGGAUGCAGAACUUAACAGACAGGGUAGACCUGCUGUUAAUAAACUCAAGAAGUUACCUCUUCUUACUGAGGUUCUCUCAAAGAAGCAGCUUCAACAGGAGUUCUUAGAUCAUGGUGUUCUAACUUUAUUAAAGAAUUGGCUUGAACCUCUUCCGGAUGGAAGUUUACCGAAUAUAAAUAUCCGUGCAGCAAUUUUGAAAAUUUUGAAUGAUUUUCCAAUUGAUCUGGGGCAAUAUGAUAGAAGAGAACAACUGAAGAAAAGUGGUCUUGGAAAGGUCAUUAUGUUUUUGUCAAAAUCUGACGAAGAAACUACGUCCAAUAGAAAGCUUGCAAAGGAAUUGGUUGAUAAAUGGAGUCGACCGAUAUUUAAUAAAAGUACAAGGUUUGAGGACAUGAGAAAUGCCGAUGAUGAGAGGGUUCCAUACCGAAGGCCAACUGUGAAAAAGCCAGUAAAUAACUCAGCAAGAGUUGAAUCUAGAGAUGGUGAUCUGGACUUGGAUGAAUUUUCUAGGGAACGCAAAUCUGGCCAAUCAUCUGCUAGACAAGUCACUAUAAGACCGGAAGCUACUCCAAUGGAUUUUGUUGUACGCCCACAAUCGAAGAUCGAUCCAGAUGAAAUUAGGGCACGUGCUAAAGCAGCUAUACAAGACCAGCGUCGCUUAAAGAUGAACAAGAAGUUGCAGCAGCUGAAGGCACCAAAAAAGAAGCAGCUUCAGGCCACAAAACUUAGUGUGGAAGGUCGUGGCAUGGUUAAAUACUUGUGAAAUAAUAAUAAUGGCUGGACAGGAGGGUUGUUUUGAUUCAACCUCAAGUAUCGAGUUUAUGUAAAGUUUGGCGGCGCUGCAUGGGCAUCAGAGAUAAUAGGGCUACAUCUUGAAGCAACAAGUUUCGGAGGAUUCAAUUCUCAAGAGGUCUUGCUCUUGCCGUUAUACAUGGCUGAAGAAAGCAUAAGAGUCAAUUUACCCAUAUGGCCCUCUGAAUUGCUUUCUCUACAAAGUUCUAUUUUUCCUUCCUGGGUUUAAUGCUGCGUUGGAUAACUGGCGGUUAAUAACGUCCAUGCCUUGCAAAGUUGCAGAUUGUUGACUUUUUUCUUUUUAUGAAUGUCAUUUUAACAUUAAACUAAAUAUGCUGUUGCAAUCUGGAAACUGAAUUUAUUGCUGAAAAUAAAAUGCCGAGUUUAUGAACCGGAUGGUCUGUUAAAA